UCAACGCACUACAUGCUCAACUCAGCCGAGACACAAAGACAGAAGUAGAUUUUUUUUUUUUUCCUGACUUUACUCAGUCCACAACACUCUCAGAUCAUCUUUUUAAGCACCCUGAGUGAUACUAUUUAAAACCCUGGAGAUGUUAGAAGAUGUUUAUAGCAAAAACAUUUGUUUUUUCAUGGCUGUGCUUUUGCCAUCUAGUUGGUGUGUUUGCUGAUACAGAUGCAGUGAAGUCAGUGACUGAAGGAGAUUCUGUCACUCUAAACAUUAGUCUCACUGAAACACAGAAAGCUGAUCAGAUACUGUGGAAGUUUGGAGCUGACAGGUCUCUCAUAGCUAAAAUCAACAGAGCGUUUAAUGAUAUGUACACAUAUAACGGUACUGAUGGGAGAUUCAGAGACAGACUGAAGCUGGACAAUCAGACUGGAUCUCUGAUCAUCACAAACACCAGAACCACAGACUCUGGACUUUAUGAAGUGUCCAUCAAAAACAGCAGCUCGGAGGCUAAGUGCAGAUUCAAUGUUACUGUCUAUGACUCGGCAUCUCUGACAGCGCUGACCUCUGCUGCUGCUGCUGCUGCUGCUGCUGGUGCUGGAUCUCUGUUGAUUGUAGCUGCAGUCGGAAUCUUCUGCAUCUACAAGAAAUACAGAAAAACUGAUCAAGAAGUUCAGACUCAUACAGAAGUGAUCACUUACGCUGAUUCAAAGUUCUACAAAAGAAACGCACAGAAAACGGAAGUCAAACAGGAGGAUGAGGUGGUGUACGCACGUGUCGUACGAAACGUUGAUCAAACUCUUUAAUGUUGUGGCGAUUACAGUCAUUUUACACGAAUGCUAGAAAGAUGGCUAUAGCAACGAAGCUGUUAAACAUGCACAAGUGCGUUUGCGUUUACAUGAUGCUUCAGAGAAGUGCUUUCCGCAAAAACCCAAUAAGCUUUUUUAAGUGCAUGUAAACAGGGUCACUAUUAAUAAAUAUAUUAAUAUUAACAGUGACCCUAUAAUAAAAAUAUUAAUAAUUGUAUUUAUUAAAAAAGAAAAAGAAAAGAAAAAUGUAGAAUGAAGCUCCCUUGGGUUAUUGUAGGCCGGUGGUUCUCAAACUUUUUGGACUAGUGCUCCGCAUCUAUUAUCCAGGACCCUUACUGCUCUAUUCAAAACAUGUAGGUUUGUCUUCCUUUAAAGCAUUGGUCUCAAACUCAGUUCCUGGAGGGCCACAGCUCUGCACAGUUUAGCUCCAACCCUAAUCAAACACACCUGAGCUAAUCAAGCUCUUCAGGAUUACUAGCUGCAUUAAACUCUGUGGAGCUGUGGCCCUGCAGGAAUUGAGUUUGAGACCUCUGCUUUAAAGAGAUAGUUAACCCAAAAACUAAAUUUUGCUGUUAAUUUACUCACCUUGAGGUCAUUCAAGAUGAAGGUGACACUUUUUUCUUCAGUUUUUAGUGAACUGAAUGAACCAGUUCAAUAAAUCGGACUGAACGAUCUGAAACGUAAUGAAAGUUUUUAUGGUUUCUAAUGGUUUAUGUAAAUAUGUGAGCUGAUGAAGACUAGUUUGCUCACUUUAAAUGCUUUAGACAUGUAAAACCUCAUCAUUAUUGGGUGUUAUAAUAAUAUAAUUGCGUGUAUGUUGCGUCAAUGCGUGAUUCUGUAAACAAACUAGUGAACUGAACCAGUUUAUUGAAAUGAAGUGUCUGAAAGAACCAGUCUGCAGAGAAAAAGAAUCAGAUUUCCCCAUUUACCUGAGUCUAUGGAUAAUAAACAUAAUAAUGUUGCAAAUAAUGUUCAGUUUCUUGCACAGACUGAUUUUUUCGCUUCAUAAGACCUCAAUGUAUCAUCAGGAGCCUCGGGUAUUCAUUUUGUGCUCCUUUCAUAAAUCACCAAGGAGCACGUUUUCAGCUAAAAAUCUUUGCUGUUCUGCUGAAGAAGAAAAAAAAGUCACGUACAACAUGGAUGGCCUGAGGGUGAGUAAAUUAACAGCAAAUUUCAUUUUUGAGUGAACUGUUCCUUUAAAUGCAUGUAAACUCUGAACAGCAAUAUUACAACUUUAUUCAAAUUUUUUUAUUUGUGUUGUAUGCAAUUUAGAUUUUUUUAAUGUAAUUUAGAGAAUUUUUUAUGAUAUGCUGAUUGUGAUCCUGGAUGUUAAUGUGUGUUCCAGUUAUACUAGAGGUCAAAGGGUCAAACAUAAUCAUAUAGAGAGAAAGUAUUAGACAUAAAUUAAAAAAUAACUCAUUUACAUGUAACAGACAUUUAUCUUAUAUGAACCUGUAUUGUUCUCAGCUGACGUUAAUCAGCCACUUCAUUUGUUCAAGCAGCUUAUUCUCUCAAAUCUCUGUGCAUUCAUAUCAAAGGUCAUUAUUUAAAAAGCUGACAGCCAUUCUGAGAGUCAAAUUAAAACCAUACAGAAAUUUUUAGCAAAAAAAUCUGCAGAAUGACAAUUUUGAUAUUAGCAGUAAACAGAUGAUAUUGCUAUGCUAUGUCUUUUUAUAGUAUUGCAAACAAAAAGGCUUCUCAUUUAAUACCUGAAAGGAGAUAUGGUUUUAUUUGUUUUGUCAGACAGCAUAUGCAUGAAAUUGUGUCUAUGCUGGACGUCUGUGAUAAUGUACAUUAGUGUGUGCAUGUCUUGAGCUGUGAACAGUGUGUUUCGUUCCACAAUUUGAAUUCCUCUCUAUGCAAAACUGUUUUACUACGAAAUAAAGUACACAAUCUAUGAAUGCUGAUGUUUGAGAAAAAAAGAUUAUUGUUUGAAUGUGAAAUAAUAUAAUAAACUAUAUGUAUGUGAAAUAUAAGACUGGUGUUCAGUAGAAUAUGCAUGUCUGUCAGACGUUGAUUUACAUACUAAUGCAGUGAUCCUGCAGAUAAGUGUUAGUUUUAGCAGAAAUUAUUUCCAGCUCUAGCGACACUUGGAAGUCCUCUCUGAGAAGUUUCCACUAUUCUCGAUAUCACACACAUCAGUUUUGUGAAGAACGUGUCAUGUUCGUCUGUCACCAUCGAGGACAAACAAGGUGAAUCGUUUUAGGAACAUAUGCACUGUCAUGAAAAUGAAAUGAAACAUCUUUGGCCUUUUCAUCAGGGAUAGGGAUAAAAAAAAUAAGAUAACUUUUAUAUUAGAAAGAU